AUGGCAGAUACGGCCGACACAACCGACAUGACAGACACGACAGACACGACCGACACGACAGACACGAAUGACACGACAGACACGACCGAUACGACUGACACGACAGUUACGACCGACACGACCGAUACGACAGACACGACCGACACGACUGAUACGACAGACACGACCGACACGACAAAUACGACAAAUACGACAAACACGACCGAUACGACAGACACGACCGACACGACCGAUACGACAGACACGACCGACACGACAAAUACGACAAACACGACCCAUACGACAGACACGACCGACACGACCGAUACGACAGACACGACCGACACGACAAAUACGACAAACACGACCGAUACGACAGACACGACAGAUACGACUGAUAUGACAGACACGACCGACACGACAGACACGACUCAUACGACCGAUACGACAGACACGUAG